AGUAUGUGCGUGAGUUUGCAAUGCCAAGAUCGGACUGGCUUUUCCCUCCGAUUCCUGAGCCCACCAGCUGUUAGUGACGGAGGAGGAGGUGGACGAAGGAAGGAGUUGCAUUUUGUCAGGCUAACAACUCAUUCCUAGAUCGGGUUCCCCCAUCUCCCCCACCCCUUCUGCGCAAGAUAUCAGCAGCCCCCGGGCUGCGAGCUCCUCCCACUAGGAACAACUUUCGCUUUCGCUGCCAAUGCAAGCGAACUCCUGGGCCUUUUUGUUAUAUUCGUUCCCCUUAUAACGCACGUGUCAGCACAGCUGGCAACUCUCCUGCAGCACCUCCGCUGGCGAGGAAGAGUGGGUCGGCGCUGAACGACGUCCCCCUCAUCCCAGACCCCAGAACAACUAUUGCCCUCCUGGGACGCGGCGCGCUUCCUCUACCUGCCCGCGUCGCAUCUCUGCAGCACCCCUUCCCCCCUUUUUCAGCAUGCUGGCCACCCACCAAAUUACGUGGAGAUGAUUCGGUAUCAUGGAACUCCAGAUUCUUCUGUGGUCUUGCUGCUCCUACUGCUGUUUUUCUCCCCAUUCGGGCCACUCAAAGGCUGCAAUUUUACUUAUUCACCCAUCUCUACUUAUAACUUUUCCCAGGAUAUAAAACCACUGAAAGAAUAUUUGCUCCUGGACUACAAAGUAUUGAUGCCGUUAAAUCUGAAACAGGACACAUUCUGCAGUUUAUUAUGGGACCUUCAUUUCAUCAAUGAAAACUUAAAGAAAUUAAUCAACGUGUCUGGGGAAAAACUGAAAACGUUAUUCAAGAAGAUAUAUGAUCACACAAAAUUUGUUGAAGAUUGUAAUAUUAAAAUAGGUGAUAGUUCUACCAGUUUUGAAUUGAAAAAUAUCUCUCAAUUUGUAGAUGCCAUUCCUUCCUGCCUUCAGUCUCUAUCAAAGAAGAUAGAAAGGAUUACAGAAGAAAAGCAUGCUGAUUUUAGGAACUGCACCAAUAUUCAGAGCCAAAUAGGUCAGUCUCUCUCUGUACUACAGAAUCUUCUGUUACCCAUCAACACUUCUGAUUGGAAGCUAGAGAGGAAGAAGCCAAUCUUCCACAAAAGGACUUACUGGUGGUUACUUCUUUCAGCUAUCUUGGUCUGUCUUCUCAUCAGUUUAUGGAAAAAAUGCCAGGGGUCCUCUUCAAGAGCAAUUUAAAAUUACCACGUCCCUGUGGUAUGGGACCUACAUCACUCAGCAUCUUAGAGCCUGUUCUAUCCCACUCCUAGCCUUUAUCUUGAAGGACUAAGCUGGAACAACCUGUGAGAGGGGCUGCUGUCAAAAAAACGACCUGCUAAGGAGCCAUGAGCCUCAGCUGUGGCUCCCACCCCGCGGUAGACGCUGCAUCUUUCUUUUUAUACAUAAUCCUCAACUUAUGACUGCAAUUGGAACCAGAAUUUGUGAUGCUAAGAAAGGUGGAUGUUAAGUCAAUUGUGUCUGAUUUUACAUUCUCUUUUUUUUUUU